AUGAACGCAUCAGGGGAAGCAGAAGCCGGCGAGGAGGAGAGGGUCCAAAGGUACCCAUCGCCUGAGGGUGAGACCCAACAGCCGGGCCCCUACUAUGGGCAUGAUGAGCAUGAAGCGCCUGCGCCUCCGAGAGAGUCUGAGCAGCAGGACCCGGCCGCAGCUCAGCAUCAACCGUCCCAUGCCGCUAGCGUCGAGGAACUCCAGCUGGCGGCUCAACUGGGCCAGGACCUCGCCGCCGAACCCAUGAUGCCGGUUACGGACCCCAACAUGAAGUUCGACGAGCCUCCCCUCCGAAACAUCAUGCCCCAUCCGGAGGAACAUCAGCUGCGACUAUCCCAAGGAGAGGACCACAACCUGCGGCACGUGCACGUCAUGCCUCCUCAUCCGGACGACUCGCAGGCCCGCCCAUAUGACGAGGCGGUGCCAGGUUCGCCCGCCACAGCAGCAGUCGCAGUCGCAGCCGCAGCCGCAGCCGCAGCCCCGCAACCCCAGAACCAGGUGCCGCCGAUGAAUCCGUCACUGUCCCACUCUUUCCCGACAGUAGGCAACGACCCUACCCCCCCGAGGAAACGUUCCAAGGUUUCCCGCGCUUGCGACGAGUGCCGGCGGAAAAAGGUUCGAUGUGAUGCCCAGUCCGAUCGGGGGGACGCGCCGUGUAGUAACUGCAAGCGGUCAUCCCAACCAUGUUCAUUCAGCCGCAUCCCCCAGAAGCGUGGACCAAGCAAGGGGUACAUUAAAGAGCUCGCCGACCGCAUCAACAGCAUAGAAGGUCGGCUGGGAGAGGGCGCAAGCGAUGACGUCCUUCGGAAAAGGGCCUUCUCAAGCAUUUCCGGAAAUGACAUGCCUACCCACUCGGCACCACCACGUCAGGCCAGUCCGGCCUGGGCCUCUGAUGGACGCCCUAUCACAACACUCACCCCCGAGAGGAAUCAGGUCCAUUACUCGCUCAAUAAUCUGGCGCCCCAGCCCAUUGCUCUCAAGCCGGAUCUGCCUUCCAGGCCACCCGUGGCCAAUAUGGAUGGUGACAUGUCCAUGUCUGGUAUUUCCGGCGUUACGCAGCCACGCGAUGUGCCAGAUGACAUCUUCCAAGGCUAUCUUUCCGUCAUCCACCCGUAUCUCCCAAUACUUCCGGCGAAUAAGGCCAGACUGCAGGCAUCUCUAGCGCAGUGCUCCGGCUUGCUUCGAGAGGCAUUCCUGGAGGCGCUCUCGGGCACCAUCCAUUGCUUUCCAUCUACUUCGGCCGCGGCCACGGGCGACGCCAGUCUUGCGAUGAAAAUCCUGGCCGAAUGGGAAUCACAAGACGGCGAGCCACGCACGUCAUCGGCACAUAUCAUCCAUCUCCAGACGCUCCUCCUCCUGCUUAUUGAGAUGGAUACCCGGCCGUCGGCCUGCUCGGGACCCCUGAAGGAAUCCCUGUUGGGGCGAGCCGUCGGCGCAGCCUUGGCCAUGAAGUUGUACAAUGCUCGAGUGGACAGGCCGCUAGAGGGCGAAAGCGAGCCUAACCCGGACCCGGACCCGGACUCGGACUCGGACUCGGACUCGGAAAGCCACCUGCGGGUCAAGCUCUGGUGGUCGUUGGUGCUACUCGACCGGUGGCAUGCAGUUGCGGCGGGAACCCAGACGAUGAUCCGGAACGAGUCAACCGUCGUCUAUCAUGGCCUCGAGAGCAUCGUUGACGAGAUGACCUUUUUGAUGAUCCGCGCGUCCAAGAUCCUCAGCCAGGUGUCCACGGUGAUCUCGAGCCUCCAAGAUCCGAUGAGCGGUGGUUCGGUACCUGCCAGGAUUUUGGGCGACUUCCUCAACGAUUACGUCGAGAACUUCCGCGAGGACCUUCCCCAACACAUCGACCACGGGCCCGCGUCCUACCAAGUUAUUUACUUGACAUACUGGCAUGCGCGACUCGUCGCAUAUCUUCUUCACCCAUCAUCCAACGGGAACGACAUCCUCUGGCCUUGCAGGGAAAUCGUGAGGCUGCUUGGGGAAACACCGCAACCGACCAGCCCGUGGAAUCACCAUAUUGCCGGUCUGGCCCUGCUGGCUCUCAUGGAGCUCAGCAGAGUGGAGGGGACGAAAGAAAAGGCGAAUAAGCUGCUGGCCGAGCUGAAAAUGAAGAGCCUGCCGGCAGUUCCUUCGGCAUGGGACAGCAUCAUCGGGGACAGGAUCGCAGAACAUCUGGGCCAAGCGGGCGGCAGCCAGGGUCUGCUGCAGCAGCUUGCCGACGUUGCCGCCUCCUCUUCCGCCGCCGCACCUCAUCCGGAGAAGAUGGAGGGGUUGUCGGGAGGCUAUCGCACGGCGACCAACUAUGAAGACCUGGGUUUCGAUCCACGGCCCCUGCUGACGGAAGGUUAUCUGAAGACGGUUUGGGCAAGCUACGUGCAGACCUAG